AUGGCGUCCUAUGGCAUGUUAGCCUUUGGCUUGAAACCAGACGAUCUUUGGCAGCCCUCGAAGGUUGUGGCUGAGCUCCUGUGCUCCUGCGUGAGCGCGCGCCAGCCGGGGCCCCGGGGCCGGGAUCCCCGCCCUCUCCGCCCGCCCCGCCUGGACGGUCCUUCCCGACCGGUGGGCGCCCCCUCGCCAUCCUUCAUCCUUCUCGCCCGUCUGGAAACUCUGGUCCUCUCAGCAGCCCCCUCCUCCUGGUUUUUCCUUCCUGUUUCUGUCUCCAGGACACUCACAGAACUUCUGAAGCAGCCGGACUCCCAGGAGCCACUGCCCCCACCCCUGGGCCCACCUCUGGGUAGCUGUGUGCAGGUGCAGAUGGGUGAUGGCCUCCCCCGGGGCUCCCCCAACAGCACAGACAAGAAGCGCCCCAACAACGUGCCCCUGGGGUCAGCAACACCGGGACCCCUGCGUGGCCCCAGGCUGCAGGGCGGUGGCAGCAUGACGCUGCAGCCCGACUACACCAAGUACGCCACCCUCAAGGCAGCCGCGCUCAAGGCCGCAGAAGCCACACCACAGGACUUCUACCAGCGUUUUCCUGCCAGCGAACCUGCCCCGCGGACCCUCCCGGCGCGGGCCCCGCGGCCCCACGUACCUGUCUACCUGCUGGUCCCCAAAUACCCCAUCUAUUCAUGA